CGCUGCACGUGAGCAGGACGCAGCAGUUAUUGUGUUUAUGUUCGAGUAAUAUUUUUAUCAUCUACAUGUUUCAGGCGAAAGAUUAAAAGCUUUAUUUGGAUUGCUACAUCCAUUGAUUUCAGGUCAGUAAGCAGAAUGGCACAGCACUGGGCUGGAGGCCACACUGCCCCGGUGCUGUGCAUCGGAGCUGCGGCAGGAGCCGACGGAUUUCUGGCCUCGGGGGCCGAAGGAGGCGAGGUGACGGUGUGGACUCAGGAAGGGACUCCUCUCUCACAGUUGCGUUUGACCUCUCGGGACGACGUCACGUGUACGGUUUUCUCCAGCGCAGCACCGGGGCUGUUGUACGUGUCUCACGGUGAGACGGUCAGCAUCCUGGACCCACGCAGUCUGAAGGAGCCGGUGGAGGAACUCAAGGACGUCGGCGAGGACGAGAUCAACUCGCUUUCGGUGAGCGAAACGGGCGCCUCGCUGGCACUGGCGGAUGAUUCGGGGGCUGUGAGGGUGGUGGACCUGCACACGGGGAAAGUGAGCCGCACUCUGCGCAAACACACUAACAUCUGCUCUUCCGUGGCGUUCCGACCCCAGAGGCCACAGAGCCUUGUGUCUGCAGGGCUGGACAUGCAGCUGAUGCUGUGGAACCUGCAGAAAGCUCGGCCAGUCUGGACCUACAGUCUACAGGAGGCGCUGGAGGAGGAAGGGCAAUCCCAGCAACGAGCAGGUCAGCUCUUUAACCCGCCUCUGGCUCACUGCGUCAGUGUUGCAUCGUGUGGAAACGUCUUGGCGUGUGCUGCAGAGGACGGGCGCGUGCACCUCGCCCGUGUGGGUGCUGGCUCCAGACUCGAGCAGCAGGGGGCGAUAAAGACUCACAGUCAGGGCGCCUCUCAAGCCCACUUCCUCACCUUCAUGCCUCACGCUUACUGGCUGGCCACCGGAGGUAAUGACGGAGUAGUGGCACUGUGGGAUAUAAGCGAGGAGCCUGUAGUGGCAGGAGAAAUCAAGGUCAAGGCCCAACGCAGGAAGCCCAAAAACAGGAAGUCGAAGCCUCAGGGUGACGAGGGAAAGAGAAACGAAGAAGAGCUUUCCGAGGAAGCCAGAAGUAUUGACCCGAGUCAGACGAAGAUGGCAUUAAAACUGAAGUUCAAUCAUGAGGAGAAGGUGAACUGGGUGUGUCCGGCGCUCCUAAAAGGACAAGCUAGUUUACUCGUGGCAGAUCAGAGCACCAGUUUAUCUGUGUAUGCUCUGUCUGGGCUUUAGCACCAUUUCUCCAUACAGUGUGGGAAUGCACAGGACUGUGGCAUGAGAUGACACACCAGAUAACUAAUCAAUAUAAAUCUAUGGGUUAAAUGUGCUAAUGUGUUCUCCCCCCCUGGAUUAGUGUAGCCGUGUUGCCAGGAAAAGGCGGCUAUAACGAGACUCGAAACCGUGAUGGAGUCAAUGAUUGGCUGUACAGAAGCCUGAAAAUGUUUUGCAUCAUGUAAAAAGACAUGCACAGUUUAGUUUAAUGUUGCUAUGGAAUACUUCAUCGACAUCAGGAAAUCAUAAUGCACGCACAAUUAGGGGUGUGUAACUAUAAAUCGUGACACACUGUGCCGUGCGUCAUAGAAAUGUGGAAAUCAGUGCAGUCGCGCGGUGUGUACACCAUAGGUCCAAAUCUGCACAUCUCACAGAGUUCAAUUAAUAAAUAAAUAAAUCCAAAAUUAAAAACAAAAAAAGCGCAUGCUGGUCACAUGAUGACAUUCUUUCAUGGAGUGCCUGUAAGAUCUGCUUUAGAUAAAAGCGUCUGCUAAACGAGUAAAUGUAAUGGAAAUGCACACUACAGGUCAAAAGUUUGUGGACACUCGACUGAAAUGUUUCCCAGGAUCUUAAAAAGCUUUUGAUCUGAAGGUGUAUGAAUAAAUGUUUGAAAUCGGUGUCGUAGACAGAAAUAUAAUCGUGCCAACAUAUUCAUUUCUUUCAUUAGAAAAGUAACAUUUUAUUUACAAAAUAUUUCUUUUAAACGGACGACCCUGAGCGAAAUAUUCCGAAAAGCAGCCGAUAAGUGUGUAGCGUCGGUCUGAACUUCUUUAAUACUGUUUAAAAAGCAUCUCAGGGAAAUUCCUCAAGAAAUCCGGUGUGAAAACACCAAGAAUACGUUUCUGGAAAUUCUAAGCAAAAAGGACGUCUACUUUGAAGAUGCUAAACUACUGAAUUAUUUUAUUUAUUUUGGAUUUAUUUUUAUUUUUUUUACCACAACAUAAUUCCCAUAGUUCCAUCUGUGUUACUCCAGAGUUUUGAUGGCUUUAUUAUUAUUAUAAAAUGUGGGGGAAAUAAAUAAAAAAUAAUGUGUCUAAACUUUUGACCGGUAGUGUGUUAUACGUUACAUGACCAUGCUAUAACUGUUCAAAAGAACACUUUGAACGACACCGAACGCAGUAGAAGUCGGGCAUUUUAGUCGACUUUGGAGCUCUUUCUCAUCCCCAGGUCAGACACACUGUUCUGUCAAACUUUUUGUAAAAAUGUAUAAACGUAUUUAUUUUUAAGAUAUGGUGAACCUGUGGCAUGCUUUGUGUACAACAUUAAACCAUUUAUUUAGACGUAAA